CUCCUCGACUCAUAUUCACCCAGUUUCUCCCCUCCUGUUCGGGUGCCCGACUCAAUCCUUGACCUCCAACCCUCUCUCCAGGGAAAUCGCUGGCAGAUCGUCCCUGUCAUUACCGAACGUUCCGACUCUCCUUAAAGUCGGCACCUCGACCCGUCCCACUCCACUAUUGACAGCCUGCGUAAGAAUCGAUCAGUUUCGCGACAUGGAAACUUGACGCAUCAUGAUUAUUCUUGGCAUUGGUGUGGGCAGAGCAAUCAGAACACGACUAUAGUUAUUGUCCUCUCUCAUCCUCGAUCGAUCCGGUUAUCGUUUUCAACCCCUCCAUCUUGAAUCCACUCCGCGACCGCACUCCCCUGAUUUCUGUUUCCAACCAAUCGUUGUAGCGGAGGACAGCCAUUCUUGACCAUGUCUCACAAUUUCGAGAAGUCGGUGAAGGGAGCCACCAAGAUAAAGCUCGCCGCCCCCAAAUCCAAAUAUAUUGAACAUAUCCUUGUUGCGACCCAUACAGGCGAGGCAGGUGUGGCAGAGAUCUUCCGGACCCUGCAGCUUCGGCUUCGCGAUUCAACAUGGACAAUUGUUUUCAAAGCUCUAAUUGUUGUCCACCUGAUGAUAAGGGAGGGGCAGUUGGAUGCCACCUUACAGUAUAUGGCGGAGAACCCUAGGAGACUGGCGAUCAGCGGAUUUUCAGAAGUACAGUCGCAAGGCCAUAAUAUCCGGAGAUAUUCCGACUAUCUCAUUGCGCGCGCAAGAGCAUUCGAGGACACAAAGACCGACUUCGUACGAAGCGGGCAGGGUCGGAUGAGAAGGUUGACGGUUGAAAAGGGUCUGCUGAGGGAAACAGAAAUAGUUCAACACCAGAUCCACGCACUGCUCAAGUGUGACCUUCUUACUGACGACGUCGAGAACGAAAUCUCGUUAACCGCGUUUCGCCUACUGACUUUGGAUCUUUUGACCCUCUACUCGGUCAUGAACGAAGGAACAAUAAACGUCCUGGAGCAUUACUUCGAAAUGUCACGACCCGACAGCGAACGCGCAUUGGAAAUAUACAAGACAUUCACCGCCCAGACGGAGGAAGUGGUGAAGUUCCUAGGAGUUGCUAGGCAUUUCCAAUCUGCAACACGAUUGGAAAUACCUAAGCUUAAACAUGCUUCUACAGAUUUGACGCGACUCCUGGAGGACGACCUCAACGAUCCGGACUUCAACCUCCGCCGGCGAGAAUAUCUGGCACGAAAGGAAGGAAAGAGUGGCGGAGCACCUACGCCUGUGGCCAAGAACGCGACAGGAGAUCGGUUUGUUAGCAACUCGAAUCCGACGCCCGCUCGACCUCAAACACAACCGAAUCCCCAGAAGUCCGCUGCACCAGAUCUCAUCGACUUCUUCGAUACAAUUGAACAAAACCAGCAGCCGAUGGCCCAGCCCAACCAGUUUCAACAGGCACAAAUGCAGCAGCAACCCCAGGCGAUGCAGUUCCAGCAAACCGGCUUUCCACCGCAGCAGCCAGCUUUCUACGCGCAGCCAACGGGCUUCCAACAGCCCCAAGCGACCGGGUUUGAUCAGCAAGCAGCUUUUGGGACGCAAUUUGCGCCGCAAAACAACCAACAGUUUGGACAGCAGCAGCAACAAGCACCCCAACCCCUUCAGCCUAACCACACAGGGGCAGGAUUUGGCGGCUAUUCGGCGCAGCCCCAGACAUACGGAUUCCAAACCAACCUCGCUCCCAUCCCACAACAUGAUGUUAGCGCAUUCCAACAACAACAGCAACCGAUGCCAAUGGCGCAGCAGCAGUUGCAACCGCAGUCAACCAACCCAUUCAGGCAGUCGAUGUUAAUGAGCACGCCGACCGGAUCGGCCAUGCCUGCCGCCCCCAUCAACCGCCAAAAUACGAACCCAUUCGCACGACGCCUAUCGACGGCCAACCCACAGUUCGACGCCGGUGUUCCCCAAGCCUUCCCGCAGACGCAGGUGCAGCCGCAAGUGCCGCAACAGCCGGCGCCGCUCCAAGCUCAACGAACAGGAACCAAUCCUUUUGCUCGAGCUUCCUCUGUCCCCCCACCGCAGUCGCAGGGGUUGCAACCUCCUGCAGCUGCACCGCUCCGACCAAACCCUACAGGUAGUACGAAUCCCUUCCGCCAAAGUGCCUUUGUGAACCAGCAGACAGGCCAAGGAUGGCAAGCCAGCGGUCAACAAGGUACGAUGGGAGGCUUGGAGCAACUGGACACAGUGCCGAUAUUCCCGCGACCGGGGCUAUCAUAACGUUGUAGAACGCUGCAGCGGCACUGGUAUAGUGGUAGACCUACCUAUUUUUCCUUUCCCUUAAUACUCAUUAUUAUCGACUUGCAUUUGGUUUAUUGUGUUAUGAAAGCAUAAUGGCGGGCUCGCAGCGCGGGCUCGACCGUCGACCAUGUAGCGAUAGCAGGCAAUAUUUAGUGACAGGGUGGACAGGGACAUAUAGCAAGAAUUGUAGUAGCAGAUUAACAAGCCGGUACUCCGUAGUCCGUAGAAAGUUGUCCGUACUCCGUACCUGUAAGGGAGACCUGGACCGGCCAGACCGCAUGACCGCCGCCAUCGGCAAGGGAUCGGGAACUCCCCU